CGCUCCGCGUGCGUCUCUCUCUCUAUUCACGGCGUGCCACGCACACACACGUUAACACACACGGUGGAGAGAUGCGCUCGACGCUCCGCAAUGCUCAUCGCGCCCAGGCCGCGCUACUCUCGCUGGUUCUCUUGAUGCGAGGCUUCGAAGCGUCGGAGCCGGCGAGGUCGAACGCGACCAGUGCUAUUUCGGAGGACAACUUCGGGGGCGAAUCACUGGCGAACAUGAACCUGACGACGUUCAAGGAAAGAUACCGAAGAUUGAUACCCUACAUGACUUUUUACGUCGCCAACAACUACCUGAACGCUCAGGCCGCGCUGGCGCAGAAUUAUGGCGCGGACGAGCUGUCGCCGGGCAUUCUGCUCCGGAAACCACCAUCGUCGCAGCCUCUAACUAGGCUCGUUGCCGUGCCGCGACCGGGCGGUAAUAAGUACCGCGUGAAUUCACCCGACCAGGACAAGAAGUUCGUCCCGUCCGUGCAAUUCGAUCCCAGAAACAUCGGAGGCGACAACGACUAUUUCGCGCCGGUCAAGUACAACACCAAGAUCAACUACGCCGAGUACUCCACUCCGUCCUAUCAGCUGUACCAGGUGCAAAAGACGUAUCCCGAAAUCACCACACCUGCCGGUCACAUCCUGAACAAGGAGAAUCGAUACUUCGUCACCGCGCGGCCCCUGCCACCCUCCGCUGCCGUGGUCAAGAAACCGCUGCUCGGCAACCCGCAGGACGAUUACGAUCGGGAUUACACGACGAGGCCGAACGCCGCCGUUAAUUAUCCCAACAAGGAAUUCGAGGGGCUGAGAUACAUUCCGUUGGAGCAGCAGCAGCAGCAGCAGCAGCAGUCGGUGAAACCGACGGUCGUCUCGCUCUAUCGAAAGCCGAGCGUGAAUCUGAACAAUCUGAUCGAGAGUUUCCAGCUGUCCGAGCGACUGCCGGAAACGCUGAACAAGGACAACCUCGACAGCAGCAUCAAAACGCUCAUAGAGAUCCUUAACAUUCUGCACGUUACGCGGCAGGAGAAUUUUCCGCAGUCGCAGGGACCCUCGCCGUUACCGUCAUCGCCACCGUCACCGCCUCCCAGACUGAUCAGCUACAACGCUUACAAACCGAAAAUCUACACGCGGCCGAAAGUGAUCACCGAGACGAGAUUCCAAGCGACACCGAAUCCUCUGAUAAUCACCGACGAUCCCGAGCGAUACAAGAUGGCGGACGAAGACGUUGAAAUCAAGCCGUCGUUGCAAUCGGAUUACAACCUGAAUCACGUGAAGGACGAUAAGGUGGAAUACUACGUCCCUUACGUUCAGGACAUCUCCAACGAACAACCCAAGCAGCAAAGACCCAGGCCGAGCUCUACGCCCAUUCCUACCACCGAGCACUCGUACGAGAUCACGGAAGACCUGAGCGACGAUAUCCUGCAGGACGAACGGUAUACCCUGCCGAUUUCCACCGAGGCGUCCACGAGUCAGGAGUACGUAGCGUCGAACGAAGUCACACGCCCGGCAUCGAAAACGCCACUGCCAGCGUUGAAGUACGGCGCGACGCGCGGAAAACCGAACGUCGAUUACCCGGCGUACGCGAUUAUACCGGAGACUAAAUUCAGCUGCAAGGAACAGAGGUACAAAGGGUUCUUCGGCGACCCGGCGACCGGAUGCCAAGUGUGGCAUUACUGCGAUCUCAAUGGCGGCAAGUCAUCGUUCUUAUGUCCGAACGGCACGAUAUUCAGCCAGGUAGCACUGACCUGCGAUUGGUGGUUCAACGUAAAAUGCGAAACGACUACUCAACUAUACGUGCUAAAUGAACGACUGUAUAAAUACAUCCUGCCAAUUAUGCCUAAAUUCCCCGAGGACUUCACCGGUCCGGAAGUAGAUCGAUACUUGGAACUCAAGUUUAAAGAGAUGGAGGCAAAGAUGAAAGAAAAGAAACUGAAAAAACAGCAGGAGGAGAAGAGUAAACACAAGGGCAAAUCACAAACGGCGAACGACGACGAAGAAGAAGAAGAAGAAGAAGAAGAAGAGACGUAAUUAGAGCGUUAUGUGCUAAAUAACUCACAAGGAAAGUCGCGGAAGUGUUCUUCGAGUUUGAUGAGUUUUUAAUAUGUUGUUGUUUGAUAAAAAAAAAAAGACAUACAUUUUUUUAUAUUGUGCUCAUGUGCACUUUUAAGGGGUGAAAUACUCCUUACAAAAAGUUAUUUUCUCUUAAGAAAAUCUUCGAUCUCCUCGAA